AUGGUACGGAAAAACAGGUCGCUGUUCUUUGUUGGGUAUGACUCUUAUAGUGAGAGUCCCUCUGCUUCACCAAUACUUCUGGACGACUUAGACGGGAAUGACGAUACGCCGGAUCAAGUUUUGGCUUUCGAUGCGUGUGCAGGGAUCAGGUCGCAACUGCAGGAGAGAAACUCUCGAGCACUCAAACUCAAAGGUGCCAGUGCUGGAGGUGACUUGAAUCUAGAUGAUCUUGACAUGAUUCCAUUAAAUACAAAGUUCGAUGUGCAAAUGGAGAUGGGCUCGCCCAUGGCCAUGCCACCGGAAACACCGCCACCCAUCAAACCCUUAACGGCGAAAGAUCUUGCAUAUUCAUCUUUGGCUCAUCUCCCAAGUUACUUCUUUGAGCAAAUACAUUUUCACGUCGAGCGGAAAUGCCUAUUGGAUAUGUGUAAGUUAAGGCGAAACUAUCUCACUAUAAGCAAACAGGAUGCUUUAGCCUGUUCCCAGUCGCAGAGUGCAAAACCGUCCCAAAAAAAUCUUGGGCGUAUAAAAGAUGAAACUCUGCGCACAGCUCACCUUCUUGACAGCAACGAAGAAAAUAAUCUAACAUCUCCAAGGGAUAGUAGCUAUAUUAUCCAGCUGUGUAAUGGUCACGUGGAUGUCCCCACUUUUAUAGAGUAUAGACAGAAUUUCGAACGGUGCUUGAGAAUCAUUCAGGAUAGAAGCUUAUCAACAUUUAGUGAGAAAAGAUUACAAUAUCUUUUGAAUAAGUUCCCCGUUUUUCAGUAUUUAAACUCUAAAGAGGAAAUGAGACAGAGUAAAAACGUCCCACACAAAGAUUUUUACAACUGUAGAAAAAUUGAUUUGAAUCUCUUAUUGAGCGGUUGUUUCUCCCAGUGGCAAUUGACCGAGUUCAUCUGGUCCAAACUAAAAAAAGAACCAAACAAAAUAAUAUAUCAAACUUCCAAUGGUAGGCACAUAACAUUGAUUCAGCUGUUCAAAGUUGAUUUCGAGGAGGCGAACACAUUCUCUAGUGGUUUGAAAAUCAUCGACGACUCGUUUUUAGAAUGGUAUAAAGUUAUUUAUCUUGCCAAAUAUCACUUGAUUAACAGUGACUCUGAAACAUUUAUAGACCCACGCGACAAACAAUUCCGUCAUUAUUUGAUUGCAAAAACGUUUUUAGAAUUUGAUAACUGUAUCAAUGGGGAAUAUCUCGCGGAAUUGCUACAGACGUUUCUAAUAAAGCCACUAGAGACAUCCAAGUACCAGCUGUGUCAGCUUUCGGUAGACUUUCAAUUCUAUUUCCAUAACGGAAACUCGGACGUGGAUAAUUGGUGGAUGGUUUUUGCCAAUUGGUUGAACCAUUACGAUCUUUUUUCCAAAAAUAUUCACUGGAAUGUCAGAAUCUCAAGAAUAUAUCCAGCAUUGUACCACACCGGUAAAAUCAAAAGUUUCCAAGAUUAUUUAGAUUUAAUAUUCAAACCACUUUUCAACACUAAAAGCUACAUUCACAAAUCUUUGGGACCCAUUCUUUCAAAGUUCCUUUCACGUAUAGCUUCAUUCGAUCUAUGUAUUCAAGAUUCAGAUGACUAUGUUUGGAAGCAAUUCACAAACGUUGAUUGUCUACCCGAAAACUGGACAUCCAACGGUGAUAAUCCAACCAUUUCACAAUACAUGUAUUACGUUUAUGCCAAUCUGGCAAAACUUAAUCACAUUCGCCAUGCACUCCAUCAGAACACCUUUACUUUGAGGAGUUCAUGUUCAUCCACGUCAAUGAAUCGAACUUCGCAAUUUAGUAAUACUCUAAAUUUCACAGAACACACAGAAUCCACCUUGAACAAUUUUCUUUUGUCCAGUGGAGGCUUUUUAAAUGCAGAGAACCUCUGGAACGCGCCGCCACCCUUGGUGUAUGUUUUCUAUUUAAGUCAGAUUCCCAUGGUCAUGGCGCCUUUAAAUUCCAUUGUAGAUUCAAAGGCCACAAUAGCCCAAGAUCAGGGCCCCGUGGGGCUCGUGUUAGAGCCUCCGAAGCCUUACAAAAUGAACCCCUUUAUGAAAUUCUUCGAAAUGGGGUUCAGAAUAUCGUUAAGCUCUGAGUCCAUUCUGUAUAACCAUUCGUAUACUAAAGAGCCUAUCAUUGAAGAGUAUAGCGUGGCAGCCAGUAUAUAUCGUUUACAUUCCGCAGAUCUAUGCGAAUUGUUAAGAAACAGCGUUAUCACUAGCGGGUUUGCUGACACGCUCAAGAAUAAAUGGCUCGGCACAUCCCUGGUGUCCCACAACUACUUCAUGGAAAACAUCGGAUUUGUGGAUAACUGGUACGAUUGCAAGCCAGACACCAGUCUGGACCACAACGUGCCCGCAAUUAGACGUCAAUACCGUAGCAAGACCCUCGCAGGGGAGUGGCAACUCGUAAUUUCUUGA